GGCAGAAUUAAAUUCCUUUGAUUUAUUUCGGGACAAUUACACUGAAACAAGUGAUCGCCUCGCUUGGUAAUUUGAAUGGCUGGUGAGACAUCCAGGAAACGCAGUUUCAUCGAAAUCUCAUCGGAAUCGGAAUCGAAAUCGAAAUCAUCUCCGUCGCUGAGCGAUGAUGACGCCGAUGAGGAGUUCAGUUCUUCUUCGACUUCUCGAGAUGAUGAUAGUGAUGGGAAUGAGUGGGAUUAUUCAGCAGACGAAGAUGCAAAGGACGACGAUGAAGAUGAAGAUUGUGCUGACGUAGAUUCCAUGUGCAAUAAAGUCACUCAUCUCGUUCGAGGGGGGAGUGAUCUCCAAGAACUAAAGUUGGUGGAAUGUAAAGCAUAUCUUCGAAGACAUGGCUUGAGACUGACAGGAUCUAAAGGAGAGUGCAUUGGAAGAAUUAAGGAGCAUUGGAGGUUGAAAGAUGGAAGCGGUGAAGCAUUCUAUCCCAGAUCAUCAUUCAUAAUUAACUGCACUGGUGAUGUGUGCAUGGGAGAUGUCGUCUUGUUCAAGCAGAAAGUACAUCAGAAUUGGAACAGUUCUGACAAGAUUCCGAGAAGCAGAAGUCUUCGGUGGAGGACUGUUGCUGGGAGGGUUAUCAAAGAAAGUUAUGGUGCUGCCAAACAACAACAUACUUUCACGGUUGAAGUGCUGUGGAGCAGAGGGACGAAGAUGCUUGAUCCACUUUUCCCUUUACUAGUGAAGGGCCGCAACCUCUAUAGAAUGAAAACUUUUAGACAGCGUUGGAAAAAUGAGGAAGAAAGACUGGAAGUACUUUCUGAAAAGCAUAAACGAGGAGCUGCAGCAAGAACUGUAAGAGAUACGAGAAAGAAAAAAGCUGUCUCGAAUAAAGAUAAAUCCUCUGCAUACAAAGGUGCCAAACGUUGUAAGAAUUUGCAUCACUCAGGUCCAUCUCGAACAAGAGAGACGACUCACUCGAAGAAGAAUUGUCUAAACAAACACGGAAAGGCAGCCAAAAACAAGACCCACAGUCCUGGUCAAAGUUCCGCUACUUCUGAAAAGUUUAGUUCAAAACAAAACGGAGGUCCAUCUGCACCUAACUGGAGACAUCCGAACCUUAUUCAACCUGUCCAAGUAAGAGAACCCCCUUAUUUGGAAUAUAAUAAUUACCCUUCCCAAAAUAUUUACCAUUUCCGCCCCGAUUUUUUCCCAAGUGGACUGCAUCAGUUUCCUCCUCAUAGAUUACCUCACUCCAAUCAUCUGCCAAGGUAUGGACCGAACCCUAUUUCAGAGCGGAAUGAAUUUAUUCAGGGCAGUUUCAUUGACCCUCGUUAUUCACAUUCUAAUGAGUUUUACAGACCAACGGGAUCCCCUAGGCAAAUGAACAAUGACCGAACAUUUUAUUCCUCAGCUAAUGACACGCGUAGAUGGAGAUGAAUGAUUAUACGGUUUAAAUCUCUGAUGCAAUCCCUGAUCUACACAUCUACAAAGGUACUGAAUUUGGGCAGUUAUUGAAAAUUCUACUCUCUUUUUUAUUCCCUGAAAAAAAAUGUAUUUUACUAGAACUUGUAUUUUACUGUAUACAAGUUCUAGUAAACUGAAACAUUAUGGUUUGAAAAGUUGAAAACUAGUAGAAUGUCCAGGAACCAUGUGAAAACAUUAAUCGGUAAUUCCACAAUAGGUUCUUUUACUUGUUAAAAAUCGAUUAUGAUUCAUUUUGAUC